UACCUUUUGGCCAGAUUAAGCCAAAAAAGAACAAGCCAAGAACAAAAAACCCAAAAAGAUUAGCUGCUCGCCACACGUGUUCGCAAACAUAUUUAAGCUCUGCCCUUGGACAACUAGAGACACUUGCAAUUGGUGUUCCCAGUCGAAAGCAACUUGCACUUGAAAUGAAAGUCUUGAUCACGUUCUUGUGCCUGGCCGUGUGCCUCAGAGGCAUCCAGGCGGAGGAGAGCAUAGCUGAUCUCCUGAAGGACAAUGCCAAGGGCGUGGAGGUGGCCAAUGCGCUCCUGACCAGGAUAGCAGCGGUCAGCGAGGAGACACAGGCAGGAUUGGCCGAGCAAAAGGAGGCUCUGAAAGUUCUGACCCUCGUGGAGGCUCUGCUGGCCAAGUUGACCCUCGCCCUGGACGUCAGCUCCCAGAAUCUGGUGGCCGCCCUUCUGAACAUCUCCAGGCAGGGCGAAGAGUAUGGACAUCGCACGGAGGCAGAGCUCCUGGAACUGGCUCGUCUGCAGGCGGGCACCAAGGAGCUGCUCAAUGUGCUGGAGGCCAAAAUGGAUGCCUACCAGAGGCAUGUGCUCCACAGUUCCCGCAACAUUGACAAGAGCAUCGAUGGACUGGCCAAAUUGAUCACCAGGACGGUGCUACCUCAGCUCAAUGGCCUGAAGUGCACCUUCGAUAGCCUGGAGACGUCCCAGAUCAACGUGGAGGUGGAGCUGAAGAACCUGGCCGGAGUCAAAGAGCUUGGCGAGAACUCCAACCACAAGCUGGACGUGCUGGAGCAUCAACUGAAGCAGCUGAAUCGCACCCAGGAGCAGCGCCUGGACAUCCUGAUCGAUGCGGUGAAGCAUUUGCAGCCUGUGAGUUCCUGGAAAGUGGAGGCCGCUCUGCGGGAGCUGAUCAUCUCCCAGAAACGCAUCGAACUGGAUCUGGAUGAGUGCAGUCGGCACCAGCAGCCCUAUUCGCAAUACGGCCACCAGGACGAGUCCUAUCUGCCCACCUAUGCAGGUGAGACUCCAGAGCCGCAGUAUUCGCAACCCAAGCCGAAGCAAGUGGAUCUGGAGCAGGUGUGGAGCAUCAAGGAGCCGUCGAAGCAGGGAGAGUACUCCGGAGUCCACAGAGUGAGUGCCUAUGCCCAGUCACCUGAACCCAAGAAGAGCCAUCACAGCUCCAGCGCCGUCUCCUGGCGACCAUCGCUGCCCUGGGAGAAUGCCUCUCCUUACCAAUCCGCUCCAGUUCACCAUCACCAGCCAUGGAGGCCAGCUCCUGUCUACGGCCCCACCUCCCAACCCAAGCGGAAGCCGUGUCCUAAGGAGGGGCACUCUGCUCCGGGAGCCUAUGUACCCUCGCCACCUGUCCAUCAAUCUCCUAGUCCCCAAGCUUACAAGCUUCCUGUAGAAUUCGAGCCGAAACCUAACCACGAGCAAUCCCACAAACCCCAACAUAACCACGAAUCUAACCACGAGCAAUCCUUCAAACCUCAUUCUUACCAGGAGCAAUCCCACAAGCCCCAACAUAACCACGAACAACCCCACAAUACCCAACAUAACCACGAACAAUCCUUCAAACCCCAUUCUUACCAAGAGCAAUCCCACAAACCGCAAUCUUACCAGGACGAAACUUUCAAGCCUCAAUCUCAUCAAGAGCAAUCCUACAAGCCAGAACCCAUUCAGCCAGGAGAGUCAUUCAGGAUUUGGUACGGAGAUAGUCCCAUACCCCAAGGAUACUGA